AUGCUCUUAUAUGCCUUGUUCCACUCUCCCCCUCCAACCAACAAGCCCUGGACGCAACAUCUAACCCUCGACACCCUCCUCCGUGUCGUGCACCACACGCUUCUAAACCCGUUUCUCGCCUGGAUCCUAGUCCUCUGCCUUCGCGCCCAAGUCACGCCUACCAACUCCCCAGCCUGGAUUAUAAGCAUCAGCUAUGCGAUCGCGCUGAGUUUGCUCUUCGUCGCGCGGGUGGUGAACCAUCGCGUCGCGCAUGGGAUUCCGCGGACGGUCGAUUCGGCGCGGGAGGUGGUGCUCGUCACUGGGGGUGCGAGUGGGCUGGGAUUAUUGAUUGCACAGAUUUAUGGGAUGAAGGGGGCUAGUGUGGCUGUUCUUGAUAUUAAGGAUCUGGGGGAAAAGGAAGUUACUGAGAUUUUUGGGGAAGGGGUGGGUUAUUGGAAGUGCGAUGUUGGCGAGAGGGGAGCGUUGGAGAGAACUAAGAAGGAGGUUGAGAUUGAGCUCGGUACUCCGACCAUCAUUAUCAAUUGCGCGGCGGCGAGGAUUCAUGGCGGGACGUUGCUGAGCUUGCCAGCUGAUGCUUUUGAGAAGACUGUGCGCACCAAUUUGCUCGCUGCUUUUCAUCUCUACCAGGUAUUUUUGCCCGGUGUUGUUGAAGCGGAGAAUGGAGGCACCAUCGUCACCGUCAGCUCAGUACUGGGCCAAUUGUCUCCGGCAGGAUUGUCAGAUUAUUCCGCUAGCAAGGCUGGAUUGAGUGCGUUACACAGAACAAUCGAGGCCGAGUUUCGCGAAAUCGAUCAGAUCAAGACGUUGCUGGUGGAGGUAGGACAAAUGGCCACGCCGCUGUUUGACUGGGUCCGUACGCCGAGUCAUUUCUUUGCGCCUGUUCUCGAGCCGGUUGAGGUUGCUCGUGAAAUCGUUGCGGCGGUUGAUAGUGGUCAGGGCGGUGUGCUCAGACUGCCGUCAUUCGCGAAGCUCGUCAAUUUGUAUGCUGUGUUGCCUGGUGCUGUGCAGCGCAUGGCGCGAUUCGUGAGUGGAGUCGACCGUGCUGUUUCUUCCGGUCUCCGUCAACGCGACGCUCCUGACAGUAGAGUUCCUGACAGCAAUCGUCGAGUCCUCAGGAGCACAAAGAACCGGACUGAUUGA